AGGACUGCGACCCGAAUUUAGAUGGGGCGUGUGUGGGGCGCGCCUCCCAACUUUCCUCACAUCUGUUGGCUCUCACCCGCGGGGAUUUGAGUUCCAAGCCUGUACUUCCCACGUCCGGAGGGUUUGGCUUGGCAGAAGGCAAUGCCCAGGGUUCAGGCUCCAGACGCAGGCCUGGAGGCACCAGAGUGGUGUUGAAAGAGGUGUGGAUUUGGAGCCAGAUAUCCAUAUUCCAGCCUUGAUAAGGCGCUGCCGCAGACAAGCAGGGCCCAAAGCCUAAAAGGCAAGGAGCUGACGCCGGGCCCCGCCCCUGGUGGCUAGCUUGCGCAAACUCAAAAGAUCCACAAACAGCACCGAAGCCCCAGGGGCAGAGUCGGAGGAGGACGCUGAGAAUCGCUCUUGCGCGCCCAAUCACAAAUGACGUUCCGCCUGUUCCCCGCCCGCUAGGUGGGAGGACCCAAUCAACGUCGAGAGCGUAUGCUCACUUAUCUUGGGUCCUUGCUGCGGCUGUAGGGCGUCUAGGGCUGCUGGUCAGCUCUGGUCUAGACGCGCAGGGGUCUGCAAGCGUGAGGCAGCCUUCCAACCUGGCUUCCCGGGAUGUCGGUGGCCUUCGUGCCGGACUGGCUGAGAGGCAAGGCGGAAGUCAAUCAGGAGACGAUCCAGCGGCUCCUCGAGGAGAAUGAUCAGUUGAUCCGCUGUAUUGUGGAAUAUCAGAACAAAGGCCGGGCGAAUGAAUGCGUCCAGUACCAGCAUGUGUUACACAGAAAUCUCAUUUAUUUGGCCACCAUCGCAGACGCCAACCCAACCAGUGCUUCAAAAGCAAUGGAAUAAUCUUCCAGUUGGCUGUUGUGAGGAGUAAUCAAAUGUAAUCUAUUUCCUAGGAAAUAGAGGUAGGAUUCUUACCCACUCACCUGCUUUGAAGGUGAAUGGAACCUCUGUAGCUCUUUUAAAAAUGUGAAAAUGCAAAGAAAGCUACUAAAUUAACCGUAUUCUCAGAGAGAAUAUUUAUUUUAAUAAUUAAGCGGAUUCGCUCAAUUAAGUUGACUCCAGGUGUCCUCCUUCCUGAAAUAAGUGUGUUCGGACAUCAGGGGCAUCUUCGAGUCUACCUUUUCAGUUUCAACGUGAAGAGGAAACUGAGCAGGUAUUGGGCGAGACUCCCGACUGAGACCCUGCCAAUGGACAUGUAACUGUGUGUGCCCUCCUACCAGUUUGUGGUUGUGGACCCCCUGACUGCUCUUUUCAGGUUGCUUUGAAAUAAAGCUUGCCUUUCCACAAAAGACUGAUAUUGAGGUAUAGCAAUUUUCAUGUAAUAAGUCUUCCAUUUGGUUUUUGAGAAAAAGUGUAAAGACUUAAAAAUAUAUGUAACAACACCAUUAUCAUUGCUAACACAAUUAAUAGUUAUUCUUAAUUAUUAUCUAACAUCAUCUAAUAGAAGAUGUGAUAGGGGAGGAAGAGUAUCUUUUUCUUUCUAUCCUUUCAAGGUUCUUGGCUAGGUCUCUGUAACAAAAGACAGAUUAAUAAAAGCAUACAAAUUUAUUUAAUAUAAGUUUUAUAUGACAUGGGAGCCUUCAUAAGGAAAUGAAGACCCAAAGAAGCAGUUAAACCCGAGCAUUUUUAUAGUAAGUUUGAUGAAAAGUAGAAAGUCAUGGAAAAAUGUGAUAGGACAUAAGGUUAUGAGCUAGGUGUAGUAAACUGGAGGGAACUUAGUAAGGCCUUUUCAAAAUCUGUGUCCCUCUGGAUGUAGGGAGGACACUUCUAAUAUGAGGGUCUCAUGACCUCUUUCAUGGGAGAAGGUCUGAGAGUCCUUCCAGCAUCUGCCAUUUCUCAGAUUCCUUCAGCUUGAAAUAUUCAAUAUGCCAAGGUACCAUAUUUUGGAGUAGCAUGCCCUGAAUUCCACGAUGUUCAAUUUUCUUUUGUUCCCACAAAAUGUGUUUUUGUUGAUGUGUCUGAAUCAGGAUCCAAACAAGAUUUACACCCUGCAUUUUGUUGAUGUCCCUUAAGUCUCUAAAAAUACUUAACAGUUCCCUUUUCUUUUCUUUGCCAUUUGUUGGAAAAACUAGCUCAUUUGCUCUAAAAUUUUUCACAUUUCUGUUGUAUCCCUGUGGUGUCAUUAUAUCUGUCCCACUAAUCGCCCACUUUUCCUAUAAACUGGUAGAGGCUCAUUCAGACUCAGGUUCUAAUAUUUUUGGCAAGAAUA